UCUUCUUCUCCUUCUCCUUCUCCUUCCUUUCUCUCUUCUGUGUUCAUACGAAGCAAACUCUCGCAUCUUCUGCUGAGCGAUCUUCUCUUUUGAUUCUUCAUUUUCUGUUGUUUCCCAUUUGUUUGAAGCUUUCCAGGAACUUUGAUCUUAACAAUUAGGGUUUUUUCUUUUUGUUCCUUUUUAAUCAUUUUGUUGGGUGAUUUGUUUCAUUUACUGAGGGGAAAAACAAAGGUUUCAAUGAUGAUAACAAGCUCCCUCUUCUAUAAUCAAGUUGAGGACAAAUGAUGGUGGAAUCGAACCAAAUUCUCAAAAUCGCCAUUACUGAGUAAUCUGAUUUUCCCCUACAUUUCCAAAUAAAAAUUUCUUAUUUUUAGCUUCAUAUUAGAUUACAAUGGUCUAUGAUAGAUGAGGAUGUGGCAAUAUUAGCAUUAUAUCCAACACUUGAUAUGAGGGAUUUGUUUCCAAGUGACUGCUACUUUUUUUUUUCUUCUGAAUCUAUCUUUCGUUUUUAUUUUAUUUAUUUAAUGUUUUUUUUUUUUUUUUGAAAUCCCUUCUUUAUCUUUUGGGAUUGGUCGUGUGCUUUUGAAGAUUAAAUUAGAAGAGAAGAGGUGUUCAUAUUAGGAUAUCAGCAGAAGAUGUGAGAGUUUGCCUGGUACGAACAGAAAAGAGAAAGGAGGGAGGAAGAGGAAGAAGAAGAAGAAAGGCAAAGAAUCGAAAACCUCUACCGUUUGGGUUUUGGUCGACCCGGUCCAGUUUUCAAAACCAAGCUCAGUUUUCAAAACCAAGCUUUUAGACCGGUAUAAGUGACGAUCCACCGUACACAUGGUAUUGGCCACAUGUCGGCAUCACAGGGAGCCUCCGCCAGCCUAGCUUCUUGUUCUGAAACAAGAAGGGUUUUGUGGUUCUGUGGCUCUGUGGCAGCAGCUUCGCUUCUUCCAAAAAAUGGCGUGUGUGGCAACCACGACUGCUGCUUCAAGGGUCUUCUUCUGCAGCAACAGGAAGCCCUUCUUCUUCCUCUCUAUAAACCCUAGUUUCAGGUUUAUUGGUUGCAGCAACAAACACAUAGUUUCUUGUCUGAAAACCCCCAAAAACGAUUCUUCUUUAUCUAUCAGAUGCAUUCAAUCCGCUCAAGACACCCUGGAGACAAUGAGAAACGAAGGUAUUUCCUCUGUUUGCGGACGCAAUGUUGUUGACAUUCUUGAAGAAAGAGGUCUCCUUGAAUCGAUUACCAGCGAGAAUCUCAGGUCAGCUUGUUCCAAACCAAAGGUCAGUCCUUUGAAGAUUUACUGUGGUUUUGACCCUACUGCUGAAAGCUUACACUUGGGAAACUUGCUUGGUAUUAUAGUGUUAUCUUGGUUUCAGAGAUGUGGCCACAAAGCUGUUACUUUGAUCGGUGGUGCAACAGGUAGGAUUGGAGACCCAUCUGGGAAAAGCUUAGAAAGACCGGAAUUAGAUAUAGAAACACUAGAGAAUAACACAGUAGGGAUUAUGAAUACAAUUACUGGGAUUUUAGGUAGAAAGACUUCGAUAUCGACAAUUGGUAAUGAGAAAAUCCAGACCACUGAUAUGGGUUUAUGCGAUUCUUUUGUAAUUUUGAAUAAUUUUGACUGGUGGAAAGACAUCAGCUUAUUGGAUUUUCUACGAAAUGUUGGCCGGUUUGCGAGGGUGGGUACGAUGAUGGGCAAGGAGAGUGUGAAGAAGAGGUUAGAAUCUGAAGAAGGAAUGAGUUACACUGAGUUCACAUAUCAGUUGUUGCAGGGUUAUGACUUCUUAUAUUUGUUUAAGAAUGAAGGGGUUAAUGUUCAAAUAGGGGGGAGUGAUCAGUGGGGAAACAUAACUGCUGGGACUGAAUUAAUUCGGAAGAUUCUUCAGGUAGAAGGAGCAUAUGGUUUGACAUUUCCUCUCCUUUUGAAGAGUGAUGGAACCAAAUUUGGCAAGUCUGAAGAUGGUGCUAUCUGGUUGUCUCCCUCAAUGUUGUCACCCUAUAAGUUCUAUCAGUACUUCUUCUCAGUUCCUGAUGUGGAUGUGGUGAGGUUUCUCAAGAUUCUUACUUUCCUGAGUAUGGAGGAGAUCAGGGAGUUGGAAGAGCAGAUGAAGAAAUCUGGAUAUGUGCCCAAUUCGGCUCAGAGGAGACUCGCAGAAGAAGUAACUCGAUUUGUUCAUGGUGAAGAAGGACUGCUGGAGGCCUUGAAGGCUACUGAAGCAUUGAGGCCUGGAGCUGAGACAAAGAUGGAUUGGAAAACCAUUGAAGAGAUUGUUGGGGAUGUUCCUUCCUGUUCUUUGGCUUAUGAUCAAGUCUUGAAUGCUUCUCUGGUUGAUCUCUCUGUUUCCACUGGUUUGUUUGAGAGUAAGUCAGCUGCCCGCCGCCUCCUUAAGCAAGGUGGGCUCUACUUAAACAACAAUAGAGUUGAUGAUGAGGGAAAGAAGAUUGAAGCUGUUGACAUUGUUGAUGGGAAGGUGCUUCUUUUGUCUGCUGGGAAGAAGAACAAGAUGAUUAUAAGGAUACCUUAAUUUCCUAUAUUAACAUUUUUCUUAUAUAAAAAUGAUUUCUUGAAUAUCUUUUGUUUCUCAAUUUUGUCUUCCCAAUUCAAGUUGUGUGAUAUAUAUAUAUAUUUUUUUUCUUUAUUUUUUA